AUGACGACGUUGUCGCUUGCCGAGGCCUGGGGCGACGGCGGUGAGAAGCUGCAGGGGCAGCUGCCCCAACGCCAGCGAAACAUUUGGGGGCGUCUUGUUAUUGCGGAGGUGCCGUACCCCGUCAUUGCGGCGGACGAUGUCGUGAUUUGUCUGUAUGCCAACCGUCUUUUGUUUCGUGUGUCCUCCUCGGCGUUUACCGUCACCGUCUUCCUGCGGGACAUUAUUCGCAUCGUCAGCUUCAUGGAGCGGGGCAGCAUUGAAAUGGAGGUUGCCCGUGCGAAUGGAGGCCACCGGGCGUACAUUGUCAUCCUGCGGGAAGUGGAUGCAGCCCUCAUGCUCUACGACGUGCUUCUCUCGCUGCUGCCGCCGCACGUGAAGGACAGCUCGGUUGGCCUCCCCCCCUCGCAGCCGGCGUACGCGACCGACUACCCCUUUGCCCUCAUGUCGCCAAGCAUGAUGGCGGCUUCCGGCUUCUACGAGCUUUACCCGCGCACUGGCGCGGCAAUGCAUGCGACCGCCCUGAAAGAGGAGGAGGUUUCAACGCGGCUCUUCCCUCCCUCCGGGACGCAGCCCCUGCAGAUCUCCUCUGGGCGUUUGUCGUCUUCGUCGUUGUCGGCGCCCGCGGCUGCAGCAGCGACAUCAACCGCCCAAGCACGGCAGCGAGAGCGGCAAUCAGAGUUGCGAGAGACGUCCCAGAACGACGGCGGCACCCCACUGCUUCUUGGCGCCUAUUCAGUAGGCGUCGAGGCAGUUGCGAAGAAUGAAGAAGCCGCGGUGGACGCUGUGGAUGAAAAUAAUCCACUGGAUGACCCGCACCUCCCAGCGUACCAUGCUGGGAGUGAGCUGCGGCCAUGCGCUGAGGGCAAUGCGGGGGAUAUGAGGGCAGCUGCAACUGUCGCUGCCGCUGCCACGUCGCUGUCGUGGGGCAACCGAGAGGCAACGGACACCCUCGCGCCCAUUCCGCGUGGUUCCAACGUCAGUGUCCAUGGCCGUGCCACGCUGGGGCCCCUCUGCAGUAUCUGCCAAUGA